GGACUCAGCGACCGUUUCCCUCCCGUUCUGUCGCCACCUCCCUUCCUAGAAGAAGUUCGUCAGUCCCUCUCCCUCCCUCCCUCCCCUCAAAAAGGGCCCCCGCGGUUCCACGCGCACAAGCUUCCCUUCCGUCCCCUCUGCUGCGCUGCGCUUGCGCCUCUCGCUCGUCUUUCUGGCUUCUUGCUCCUUUCGGUCCAGACUCCGGGGUGCCGCGCGCCCUUGUGUUCUGAACAUCCUCACCAACCUCCUCUCCUCCUGCGGCUGUAUCUUCUUCUCGUCGGUACCUGUGAAUCUGUAGCGCUACAGUUUUGCCUUGCAGAGUUUGUGUGCUAUUGUCGGACGGGAAGCUGUGACCUGUGAGCCUUGGAGAUGGCAAGCUUCAACGAAGAGAACAGAGCAGCUCCGCAGAGGGAGGAGGCAUCUUUCCAGGGCAAGUACGGCGGCAUUUCGCCCAAGAAGCCCCUCAUCAAUAAGGACCAUGAGCGCGCCUACUUCGACUCGGCAGAUUGGGUCCUCGGCAAGCAAGGCGCGAGCAGCAACAGCGCGAAGGUCCCAGCCGCGGAGACCCUCAAGCCCAAGCUCCAGCGGACGGCGUACCACCAGCUUCCGCCGCGAAGGCCCGCGUGCACGUCGGAGUAGCUCCUGCGUCGAUGAUGGGCGUCGCUGCUCGUGACGCGCAGGCGAGCGGUACUGUGGAUGUGAGUCGUUCACUAUACGGAGAGACAGAAAGAAUCCAUCGAGCUGGGGCGAUGGGAUUUGGUUGUAAAUACCGGGGUGCGUGGUUGUGCCACCAUUGUGGUGGAGUUGUGUGAAAUGAAAUGAAGUGACACUCGGCGUGUCAUCUUCGGUCUUCUUAGGUCA